CUCCGACAUUUCUGAGGCUCACACAGGUCGACUUGGCGCUGGGACCCGCCGUGGCUCGGAGGAGAGCCGGCCCGAUUGUGCCAGUGUGGAAGAAAAGGAAAGCAAGCGCUCGUAUAAGUAGCAUGCUUGCAAAAGUCAAUUAUGUACCGAGGCUACGACUGAGGACUUCCUUUCCAUCUCCGUGCCACGAUCUGGUAACAAGCUUCAAAGAUGCAUGUCUCAGCCAAAGAUGGCCCAGUCCGGCAUCGGUCCAAGGACCAUCUGGGGGGUGUCGAGAAUCCUUGGCCCCUCGAGACUGCUCUCGUCUCGGCGGCACCACGGCCGAAGUCUAGGCUCGAGACAUUUACUCAGGCACAUCUCUACUGGCUUGUCGAAAGAUCUAUCCACUCUUUUGAAGCAGUGCCCAUCGGCAGAUCUGUCAGCGUUAUGGGCCCAGAAGCUCGACCCAACGCACUUCUCCUGACACACCAUCGUCGGGUGCUUAUGGUCGAGCUUCCUCGGGACAGGACGCCCGGAGAGAGCAAACCCGGCUACGAUAUGAUGAGGGAGCUUCUCCUAUGCUCUGUGCCGGAAGGUGCUCCUCAAGGAUCAUCGGUUGACCCGCUUCGAUACACUCAAGCCGCUGGCCUUCCUCUCCGUCUCUUCUCCCUUGCUGCCACCGAAAUCUCCCUCCUUCUCUUCUCGUCCUUUGAGAUGCAUUCCAUCAUCUUCGACCUUGAGCUUCUUGGUCUCGAUCUGGGCUUGCCGAUUCCGCGAACGGCUGCCUUCAAUGCCCGCCAGCUCCUCGAGCAUCUCAUGCCGCCUCUCGUCGUCCAAAAAGUGCUCCGGGUCCGGCCUGAUCACUUCAAAGUCGACGCAGGAAGCGCAGUCCUCGCCGAAGACUUUUUCACCCACUACAUUUACAAUGCGAGGCUGUCCGUCGCCUCAUAUUGGUGCGGCGUCAACAUCGACAAACGCAUCGGUGAGCUCGUCGCCCUCACACCCGAUCGUUCAUACCAAGGAAGUAAUUCUGUCGACACACGCAUCGUUCCUGAUGAUCUACUGCCGAGCCUCGCAAGCUUCACUGCCGUUGACGUGGCGCUCCUUCUCAACAAGCCCAAAGCUGUACAGGCUCGCCUCAAGUCUUCCAUGAUCGGCGACGGCAUCGGCAUUGUUCCCUCAGCGGAUCAAGAUACAGCUUACGAGGUGCAAAACACAGAGUACAAGAACAAGCUCAUGGCAAACAGCAACCAGCGACUGUAUGUCACUCUGCGAGAGGAGGAUGGCCGUGACCAGAAGUACAAGGCAAAAGUAUCCUACCAUGAGGGCAAGACGAGCUCGAUUGAGUUCGUUGACAAGAAAGCCGACGAAAUCAAGUUGAAGCUCAACGAGGCCAUGCUAGGCAAUCGUACGGUGGCAGGUGUCGAAAUUCGCGGUCGUGAAGAUUGGACGAUGCAUGACCUCGAUGGACUUCGUUGGAGGCAUGAAGCCCUGCGCUCCGUUGCUCAGGUCGACGCGGGCGAAGACCAGGACCAGAGCGACGACGUAAUGCCACCAACGCCGUCAGCUGUGCAAAAGCGACCCAUCAGAACUGCACCGCCAGACUUGGACCCUAGUGGCUUGCUCUGCCCUUUGCUUCUGGGCGACGCUCCGCGACCUGUUGAAAAGAUACCAGCGCUUGAACCGAAGACGAUCAGACUCUUGAUGCGGCCUGUGAAGGCUCGAUUCCCGGUCAUAAAGGAGAGGCAAAAGGCUCAGACGCUCAAUGAGUCGCAAGCUCGUGCUGCCCGUGCCGUUCUAUCGCCAAUCAAAGCACUUCCCAGAGAGGAUCCUCGAGAUUUCGACUCGCAGCGACUCAUCCUUAUUCAUGGUCCGCCAGGGACAGGAAAGACAAGCUUGAUUGCAGCCUGCUGUCAGCAGUGGCAGCUCUCAUGUGCGCACAUUGAAGGCACCCGUGAGAUGGCAGUCGACACGAUUUACGCCUGCUGUCAGUCCAAUGUUGCUGUCAAGAACAUCGCUGAAAGUCUGAAGAAGGCCGGCGUCGAUUUCAAGAUCAUCGUCAGCCCAAACUUCUUCGUUGAAUGGCACGAAGAUUUGUACAGCGACAUCGUCGAGCACUUCCUUCGAUCCGACGAACUUGAAAAUGACGCUCGACAGCUUGCAAAGCAACUUGGUCGCUGCAGCGUCAUACUCUGCACCUUGUCGUCGCUGUCGUCGCCGCGCUUCUAUCGUUUCUGUCCCCUCUUCUCGCUGCGCCCGAUGCGACUCCUUUUCGUCGACGAGGCCAGUCAACUUUACCUCAAGAACUAUCCGCAUUUGUUCUCGCGCUUCAGCCGCACCCUCGGGCGAGUCGUGUUCUUGGGCGAUGACAAGCAGCUUGCCCCCUUUGGCAGCGAUGAUAUCCCCGCCGCCGCAAAUUCAGUCUUUGAACUUCCACAUUUGCGCCCGAAGGCCUUCCUACUGGAUACUACAUACCGCCUUGCCCGACCGGUGGCCGAGUUCAUCUCGAAGCGGGUGUAUGACGGCCUUCUCCAACCGGGCGAAAAGACGUUCAACCCGCCUGGUGGCUUGGCUGCCUGUGUCGGUUUCGUCGACGUCGAUUCGGGUGAAGAUGAGCUCAUUGGCAAGAGUCUGUGCAACAAGAGGGAGGCCGAGACCAUCGUUAGGCUCGUCGAAGCUCAUGCCAAAGAUGGCAAGGGCUUGCUUCUGAGGGUUCUGAGUGCGUACGAUGCCCAGAGAGAGGUGAUCGAGGACCUGCUCAAGCAAAAGAAUCUGGCUGGCGAUUCCGACGUUGUCUUCACAGUGGACUCUUUUCAGGGCCAAGAAGCCGAUGUAAUCAUCGUCUCGCUGGUACGCGACGGGCGAGUCGACGAGACUGGCAAGGCCCCGGUCGGGUUCCUCAAGAAUGUACGCCGAGUCAAUGUUAUGCUCACGCGAGCAAAGAAGGGCGUCGUCGUGGUCAGCAAUCGACGCUUCGUCACGCAGGCCGCUCGCAAGACGCUCAUCGGACGGCUCUCCAAGGACGCUGGAGACGCAGCGUGGGUCAAUGAGCUUGAUCUGAUCAAUUCAAGCUUCCCAAUGGCGUUGUUCGGAGGUGUCAAAGACAAGAUUUCCCGGAAGGACGAUGAAGAUUUCGCGCUGAUUGAAGGUAGUAACUGGGCGCAUGAAAGUGGUGAGCCGUGCGAGAAUAAAGAUCAUGAGGAAGAAGAGUCUCAGAGGGUCAAGGUGCCAGUGGGAGAUGAUCUCGAUCGAGUCUCCCGCCUGCGCCAGUGA